GUAUAAGAGAACAAAAGUCCGCGUAACGUUCAUCCUUCAACUUCACCAGAAGAAAAUUCAUUUGCUUAUCCUUGUCUACAGGAAAAAAGACAUUAAAUGUCACAGAUUCUCAGUAAUUUCUCAGAGCCAUCCCUUUACAUGACUUCAUCACCUUCACUUAGCUGUCUCCCUAUUUAAAUUCUCUCCAUGCAACUCUAACAUCUCAUUAAAUUAAAAUAAAAACAAAACCCACAAAAAAUCAUUUUUUCAGGGUUUUGUAUUUUAUUUAUUGAAAAUCUAGAAAUAUGGAGAGAGCGUCUUCAUCCUCCUCCGAGGCAUCAUCCUCCAUGGCUUCUUCUUCUUCUGAUCAAACCUCACAUUUUGUGACGUCAUCCAUGCUUUCCCGCACGUCAUCAACUUCUUCCUCCGCCUUCGGAGACUACAUAGGAACAGAGAGCUGCUUCGACAUCCUCUCCGCCGACGAAGAAAACGACGUCCUCUCGGUCCCCACCAAGCCUUCCAACCGUUACCGUUACGGAGGAAGGAGGAGAGAGGAAAGGGAAGCAAGAGCCGCGGCGGCGCGUGAGUUUCCUCCGCCGAUACCGUUGCUUGCUCAGACGGAGAAUCUCCUCCCGCACAUGCCGUGGGUUCUGAAACGUGUGGUGACUAGCGACGGGAGGCUUAUUCUUAGAGAAGAGAAGGUUCGUCACCACGAGUAUUUUCGUGCGCAUAGAGCCAAUGGCCGCCUCACUCUCCACCUUGUUCCUCUAGACGACGAUGUUUUCGACCUACCACAAGAGCCCUCUCAUUACCAAUCUGACGAUGAUGAUUAUGAUCACGACGAUGAAGAGCAUGAGUGUGAUGAUGAUUAUGUUGAUGAUGAGCAUCAUCACGAAAUGGGUGAGGAUGAUACGGAUGAUCUGGCGGAUAGUGUUGAUAACAGUAUUGUUAUUAAAGCCUCUGAUGAGGAUGAUGUUGAUCAUGGUGUUAUCCAUAACUAUGAAGAUGAUAAGUGCAAUGUGCAUGGUGGUAGCGAAGAUGCAUUUAGGAAGGCUAUACUAGCGGCGGCAGCGGCAGAGGAGACGGUGGUGGAGAGCGGGGGGAUGGUGGGAGGAGGAGGAUCGCCGAGGGGGAAGUGUAUGAAGUCUUGUUUUGUUGGUAUGACAGUUCGAGAGAUCAGACCAGUCCUUAGUUGAUUAAAAUUGUUACUUAGUUCUUAUUAGCUAAGAAAUAUUACUAUUACGUAAGAGUUUAAAGAAACUACCGGCUUAUAAUGAUAUGAAUAUCAGAGAGUUUUUUUCACGAAUAAUUGUUUUCUUGUUUUGUAAUUUCAGAAUGUAGUUCAUCUUCGUUGAGGGUUUCUCUGACCCGGUGAAAAACGAUA